AUGGAGCCGGGCUUCCUGGUGGCCCGCGGGGGCUGCCGGAGACCCCUGUGCUGGGAUUUCGCCCGUGGGUUCUGUCGCUGGGGCCACAACUGCCGCUUCUCGCACGUCAGGAAGGCAGCCCCGACCUGCAGGUACUUCCAGAGCGGCUUCUGCAGCUACGGAGAGCGCUGCAGCUACCAGCACAUCCGAGAGGAGCCGGUGCCGGCGAGGAUCCGCUAUGGCCCCAUAGCCCCUGUCCCCCGCAGCUACUGGGGCUCGGAGGCUGUGCCCGUGGCCAUGGCCCAGGGCUGGGGGGGAGCCCAGCGCAGCUUGGCCCCCCCUGCCCCCAGCAUGGCACACGUGGCCUUCAAGUUCCCAAGUGUGGAGGUUCGGGGGGGAAAGAAAGCCAAGGAGAAGAUCCCUGCGCCUGGAGAUGUUCCUCGGGGGGCUGUCGGUGGAGCGGCCGUCCCUGCCCGAGCGCGGGGGGGCUCAGGCUCCCGGGCACAAGUGCUGGCACUGGAUCCCAACUCCUCUGACCCUGGGAAGGAGACGGUGCCAAGGACUGAGCUCGCAGAGGUCCCCAAGGAGCCGGGUGCUGCGGCAGCGCCGGUGUCCAGCGAGGCCCUGAGGGCCCGGAGUGAGGCCGUGGUGUGCGGCAUCUGCAUGGACCGGGUGUACGAGAAGCUGGCUCCAGAGGAGCGGCUCUUCGGGAUCCUCCCCAACUGCAGCCACGCGUAUUGCCUGGGCUGCAUCCGCAAGUGGCGCCGCAGCCGCGACUUCCAGAGCACCAUCAUCAAGGCCUGCCCAGAAUGCCGCGUCACCUCCAGUUACUACAUCCCCCACAAAUACUGGGUCUCGGAGGGGGCUGAGAAGGAGAAGCUCAUCAAGACCUUCAGGGCACGGACAGGGAAAAUCAGGUGCAAGUUCUUUGCCCGGAACCGCGGGUGCUGCCCAUUCAAGUCCGACUGCAUCUACCUGCACGAGCUGCCUGCCCACCAGCCACCACGACGCAGGCAGCAGCACCCAAGGGUGCCCGUGGAGCCUUCUUCGGAGAGCUCUGACGAGGAGGAUGAGGAGCUCUGCAUGCUGCAGUGGGCUCUCAGCAUGGCCGUGGUGGAGGCAGACUUCCCAUACUCCAGAUGCAGCCACGAGAUGCUCCUUGUGGAAUUCAGCGACUCUGACUAAAGCUGUGGGGUGCUGCACAGGGGGUGCCCCACUCUUGGUGGCAAGGGAAUGUCCUCUGGGAGGGGGAAGCAUCAGCUUGUGAUGUGUUGGGCUGCUUCUAACAUCGGUUUGGGGUGCUGCACCCUGGAUGGGGUGGGAUGGGGAAAUCACCUCCGUGUUCAUGGACCCCCAGCACGUCCCACAUCCCACGGGGAGCCAGGGGGUGAUGGAGCUGGGGGGAUCUCAGUGCAG